CGCGUUGCCCUCGGCGUUGCCUAAUUAUACCGAAUCUCGUAACGGAUUCCGCCGAUCGCCGUGCAAUAGUAACGCAGCCAGAUAUAAUGAUUUACUUAGAAAUUACAUAAGGCAGAUAAACGAAAAUUAUGCAGCGAUCGAGAGGGAAUUGACGAGGGCCAGAAUAUUAGCACCCCUCGUUGAACGCGACAUAUGCCAGAAUGCGUUUUACAAUCAGCGCACGGCGACGUGUAAUUGGAAUAAAUUUCCCGUCGGAAAUCGAGCCUGUUCCGCGAGGGUUUCUCCGGGAUUACAUGAGAGACAUGUCAAUCCGCGGGAAAGAAAUAAUCGUCAGGCUUGCGCAUUAACCCGGCACGAUUGUUGGAUGGCUGAUAGAAAGAACAAGGACGGUUGUUCGAUAAAUCAGCAAUCAGCGAGACAGAAAGAAAAUUCGCCCGAGGAGUUUAACGACUCACCGAAAACUGCCAAGCAAUACUCCCUGCAAACUUCCUCCUUCUACAGUCCGCUAAUGAAGAACCUGCAACCAAACAACAACGUGCGUUAAUCAAACCAUGUGUAAUUGGAUAUCUUAAGUUACUCCCGCGAUGGUACAGAACACUCUUAAGUGCAGCUUCGACGGAUGAAAGAAUUAUUUGAUGAGAAUGGGUCCCUUUUAUCU